AUGCCCAAACGGAAAGCUCCUCCCAAAAUUUCUGGUCUAUUGGGCUCAGACGAUGAGGACAUCAUGCAAGUCGAAGCAACAGAAGAACAAGAAACCCACGAGCCUCCCGCCAAAAGACAAAGAGGCAGACCGCGUACCUCAAACGAGAAUGUGAUCGAAACCAAACCUACCAAACCUGCUACCCGAACAAGAAAGCAGCAAGCAGCUGCGGCUGCGGCUGAGCCAGAACCCCCUGCAGACAAAAAGCCCGCCCGCCGAGGGCGACCCAGAGGAAGCAGCCGUGCAGCGCAAGACGCGGAAACGUCUAUACAGGCAACCAAGGUGGAGGCUAUGAUGCCCGAACAAGACGAUGCAGACAACCAGGAGAAUGAAGACCCACGUGUCUCAAGAAAUACAAAGAAGCAGCCGCCCGAGACCACGAAGGCUGCCCCAGCACGCGGUCGGGGACGGCCUCGUGCGGUCAGUACACAGCUCCAAACAGAUGGUGAAUUUCAGUUUACCCCAAGCGGCUCUCGGCACGUUAGUUUCCAGGAAACCCACAUAGAGCAAGCCGACCCGAGCCCUCUUGCUCGUGCAGCGAGCCAGGGAAGAAACGAACCUGAGGUCGAAGAUUCUCAGCAGACUGAGCAACCCGCAGAGCUCGUGGAUGGGGCUAUCAUUCACGAGGAACCGGCCUAUAAUCCCAAAUCGAUGUCCCCCGCGAAGAACGCUCGUUCUCGGUUAUCUAUGUUACGCAACUCACAGGAUUCUUCUCCUCGUAAACGCAAGCUUGGGGGCACCGACUCCGAGCAGGGAGACCCAGAGCUGAGGCGCAGGCUGGGAGAACUGACCAAGAAGUAUGAUUCUUUGGAGAGUAAAUACCGCAAUUUACGGGAGAUUGGGAUUGUCGAAGCCAACACCAACAUGGAGAAACUGCGAAAGCAGAGUGAAGCUGUCACUACAGCAUCGAAUGAAUUGGUUGCCUCGCUCAAGUCCGAAAUUGAUGCUCAGCGAAAGCUAGGACUACAGAGCCGUGGACUCCAGAAACAACUCAAAGAACGUGAUGAUGAAUUAGCUCGACUCACAUCUAGCGGCAAUGAGGCACGAGCACAGCUUGCGUCUGCUCAGUCUGAGGUCAAAGCUUUACAGACCAAGCUUGCUGCGGCACGAAACACAGCUGCCAGUCUCGAGGGAGCUGCGAAGGUUCCCGGCAGUGCCAUCAAGGGCGGCGCCGCUAACCGUGCUAAUGCACUUGCCACCGCUGAAGCGGCGCAGGCUUCACAGCUCGCCCAAUUAAAAGAAGACUUAUAUAGCGAUUUAACCGGAUUGAUCGUUCGUGAUGUCAAGAACAGGGAGUCAGAUUACUUAUACGAUUGUAUCCAGACUGGAAUCAACGGAACUCUUCACUUCCAUCUUGUCGUGCCAAAGGUCUCCGCUGAUUAUGACAAAACCGAGUUCCAAUACCUGCCUCACUUAGACCCUAACCGCGAUCGCGACCUGGUCAACUUGCUACCAGACUUCUUGACCGUGGAUAUCACCUUCGUCCGCGGACAAGCAGCCAAAUUUUAUACGCGCGUCAUUGAUGCCCUCACAAAGCGUCGGUCUCUUCCAGCGCAAUAG